AUGGCGUCUGAGAAAGAGUCGCAGAACUCUCAAGUUCACGAAACGCAUUCGAUUCCUGCAGAUUAUGACAAAAGGCAGGACAAGAAACUCAUUCGUAAAGUGGAUUUCAGACUUAUCCCAAUCUUGACAUUGUUGUAUCUUCUGAGCUUCCUAGAUCGAACAAAUAUAGGAAAUGCGAGAAUCAUUGGAUUAGCAGCGGAUCUCAACGUCUCGCCUCCCGCGUACAAUACUUCCUUGGCUUUAUACUUCAUAGCCUAUGUAGUUUUUGAAGUUCCUGCCAACGUGCGUAAUCGUGUAAAUAUUCCCCAUUUGAAGCGCUUCGACCCUCAAAUCUGGCUUCCGACGCUAACCCUCCUUUGGGGGAUAGUCAGUGUCUGCCAGGGUUUGGUAACCAACCAGGCCGGUCUUUUUGGAAUACGAGUCUUGUUGGGCGUUACGGAGGCCGGCCUAUUUCCUGGAGUCAUCUAUGUGUUCUCGGUAUACUAUCGCAGGAGCGAGCGAAGUUGGCGGGUAGCUAUAUUUUUUGGUGGUGCUGCUCUGGCAGGUGCCUUCGGAGGUAUUUUGGCGUAUGCCAUAGCGAAGAUGGACGGUAUUGGUGGCCGCAAAGGAUGGCAAUGGAUAUUCAUUAUCGAGGGUCUUCUCACUGUAGCCAUUUCCCUCGUGGCAUAUUUUCUGGUUCCGACUUGGUCGUACAAAGCUAAAUUUCUUACCGAUUCGGAACGCGAACGUUUGUUGGAACGACUGAGAGCCGACUCGGACGCAGGAGACAACGAGAAAUUCGAGUGGUAUUAUGUUCGCCAGGCAUGGACGGAUCAUCUCUGUUGGGCUUAUGCUCUGCUGUUCCACGGCUUUGCGUUUGUCUUGUACUCUCUCAGCCUUUUCCUGCCGACUAUUAUCGCUGGGCUAGGUUUCCAGAGCUGGCAAGCUCAACUAUUAACGAUCCCGCCCAAUGCAUUGGCCAGUCUAGCGAUCUGGUUCACCGUGUGGAUAUCUUCGCGUUACAAUCUCAGGGCCCCAUUCAUCAUCGGUGCUGCUUUCGUUGCUAUUGUUGGGUACAUCAUCCUGCUUACGGCAAAAACAUCCGGCGGUCAAUAUGUUGGUGUCCACUUCGCCGCCGCGGGUGUCUACACUGGGAAUGCUUUACUUCUAAGCUGGCCCGGUGAGAAUGUUUCCGGUCAAACGAAGAGGGCUAUUGCCGUUGCGAUGCAGAUAACCAUCGGAGAUAUUGGAGCCGUGGCCGGUGUCUUAAUUUAUCGGCCAAAUUUCAGUGGUCAUCACUUCAGGAAACCCCAUAUCAUCUCCAUAGGGUACUUGGUCUUUGCUGCGGCGGUGGCUGCUUACCUGUGGAUCUGGAUGGCUCGAGAGAAUGCCAGGCGCGACGAAGUUCUUCGAAAGCUGGCUGAUGAAAAAGAAGUCAAGCAGGAAAGGAACCGUCGGGCUGGAGAUCGUGACAUUUAUUAUCGAUAUCAUGUAUGA